AGGCGUUAACCACGGAAAGGCAGUGGCAAGAUGGCGUCCCUGGAUCGGGUGAAGGUACUGGUGUUGGGAGACUCAGGUGUUGGGAAAUCUUCACUAGUCCAUCUUCUAUGCCAGAAUCAAGUGCUGGGAAACCCAUCAUGGACUGUGGGCUGCUCAGUGGAUGUAAGAGUUCAUGACUACAAAGAAGGAACCCCAGAAGAGAAGACCUACUAUAUAGAAUUAUGGGAUGUUGGAGGCUCUGUGGGCAGUGCCAGCAGUGUGAAAAGUACAAGAGCAGUAUUCUACAAUUCUGUUAAUGGUAAAGCAUUUUUCAUUUAUCUCUAUGACAUAUUAAUGGUCUAG